CAGCGCAGAGAGCUCAGAGAGGAGAGGAGAGGAGAGAGCAGACCGGAGCGCAGCAGCAUCAACACUCUCACGGUACACCUUGGGGGAUGUGGAGGCAAUCUCGACAGACAGAAAUGCACUGUGAAAUUCUCAAAGUUUGUCUUCUGUGAGAGCUGAAGACAAAGAAGAAAUCGUAGAGAGAGAGAGAGAGAGAGAGAGAGAGAGACGGUGCAUCAUCCGCUGCAGACAUUUCCAGCGGUGCAUGCUGCCUGCCUGCUUGGUGCUCUCUGUCGAUCGAGAAGCGCCUCUGAGCCGGAGUCCGAACCAAUCUAACCACCAGGAGACAUCAGAGAGAAGGAAAAGAGAAAGCAUCUUCACUUCUUCAGAUACCCCCCCCCCCCCUCCUCCACCUGCGGACACCUGGACCCCCUGCUGCGUCUCCUGCUGAUGUGGAGCUGACACACUGCAGUGAGUCUGGACAUAUGAAGCCAAAAUUCCUACAGAUCGUAAAGGAAUGCAGCCGGAUACAUCAUUACUGUCAAGCCUGGAAGACCCCUUGCCACUUUGAUGUGUGAGCACACCCACCAAUAAUGGCUCAUAGGAUGCGCAGUAGAAAUACAGCUGAGGCAGACGUGUUCAUGUAUCCCGUUCAGGCCAACCUGCAGACUCUCUCCCACAAACACAUCUGACUUUUUUUUUACAAGAUCCCAGUGAGAGCCAGUACAGCAUGAGGCUGGUGUGGAAAUCCCUGGACAAGAUGAGGUGUCUGAGGAAACGCUCCACUAUCCCCUUCCUCGGCUUCCUUAUCACCUUCCUCCUCUUCCUCAACCUCUACAUCGAAGAUGGCUACGUGCUGGAAGGAGAUAAAAGGCAGCUCAGGGAAUCAUCAGUACACCCUUCGAGCUCAGAGCGAUACGUUCACACCUUCAGAGACCUGAGUAAUUUCUCUGGAACCAUUAAUGUCACGUAUCGUUAUCUCGCUGGAACCCCGCUGAACCGCAAGAAGUAUCUCACCAUUGGAUUGUCAUCAGUCAAAAGAAAAAGAGGAAACUACCUUCUGGAGACGAUCAAAUCCAUCUUUGAUCAGUCCAGUUACGAGGAACUCAAAGAGAUAGUGGUCGUGGUCCACCUGGCAGACUUUGACCUGGUCUGGUGUGAGAACCUGGUGCAGGAAAUCACUAGGAAGUUCGCCCACCACAUCAUAGCAGGACGCCUCCUGGUGAUCCAGGCCCCAGAGGAGUACUACCCGUCUCUGGACGGCUUGAAAAGGAACUACAACGACCCGGAGGACCGGGUCCGUUUCCGCUCCAAGCAGAACGUGGACUACGCUUUCCUCCUCAACUUCUGCACAAACCUCUCUCAUUUCUACAUGAUGCUAGAGGACGACGUGCGCUGCUCCAGGAACUUCCUGACGGCACUGAAGAAGGUGAUCACCUCCAGAGAGGGUUCCUACUGGGUGAUGCUGGAGUUCUCCAAGCUGGGCUACAUCGGCAAGCUGUACCACUCCAGAGACCUGCCGCGUCUGGCUCAUUUCCUCCUCAUGUUCUACCAGGAAAUGCCCUGCGACUGGCUCCUCAUCCACUUCAGGGGUCUGCUUGCCCAGAAGGACGUGAUCCGCUUCAAGCCCUCGCUGUUCCAGCACAUGGGCUACUACUCCUCUUACAAAGGAGCCGAGAACAAGCUGAAGGACGACGACUUCGAGGAAGACUCCAUAGACAUUCCCGACAACCCUCCCUCCAGCCUUUACACAAACAUCAACGUCUUUGAGAACUAUGACGCCACCAAGGCGUACAGCACUGUUGAUGAGUAUUUCUGGGGGAAGCCUCCUUCCACAGGAGACUUCUUUGUCAUAGUCUUUAAUAAAUCCACCAAAAUUAGUAAAAUUAAGAUCGCUACUGGUUCUGACGACCGCCAGAAUGACAUUCUUCACCACGGAGCUCUGGAGGUGGGAGAGAAACUAGUUGGGACUAAAAAAGGGAAACAGUGCUCCUCUUAUAUCACGUUAGGGGAGUUUAAAAACGGCAACAUUGAGGUUCAAGACGUAGACCACAAAAUUGCCUUUGACAUUGAGUGUGUUCGCAUCGUGGUGACGGCCAGUCAGAAAGAAUGGCUCAUUAUUAGAAGUAUAAGUUUAUGGACUACACAACCCCCCAACCAAUAAGGACUACACUCAAAGACUCUUAGUAUGUCGUAGAGGCAAAGGUUUUUAUUAUUAUUAUUAAUAUUAUUAUUUACUAAUGUAUGUAUUUCCAGGUUUAUUUAUUCAUUUUGUAUGUAUUUAUUGAUACUCAUUUUGAUUGCCAAAUCAAUCUAUAGUUUUUUAUACCUGCAAGUUGUAACCUUAGUGGAGCAUCCUCCCAGUCAUUCUUAAGGACUGUUCAGCUGACCUCAGAGUAUUCAUGAACGUAUGCUUUCUUAAAUGUUCCAUAAACCUUUAUUUAUUUCACAUAUUGAAAGCUGUCCUUAAUGUAGGGCUGGGCGAUAAUUCAGUGUUGUGUUUUACCAACUUUGAGUCGUAUUAUAUGUUAUUAUUUUAUGACAUUUUUCUGUACAAAUCCUAUGAAAAGACCAAAACCAACAAUGAAUUAAACCCACUAACUUUUAAAACUUUUAAAAUUAGUGAGCCGUUGCGUUUCAUUGGGUGACAUGUUCACACUUCAUCACAAUAACCUUGGGCACUGUAUUUUGAGUCAAUCCUUCAUACACCAUCCUGCUGGUGUAAAUAAUCACUAGAGCACCAAAUGUGUAUUAAUCUACAGCUGAAAAUAGCUUUUAAAGUUUUAGGUUCUCAGUAGGAAUGAAUGGGCUUUGGGCUGAGAUCCACAAACAGAGAAAGGAAGUCUGGAACUAGAGAUGGACUAACAUAUUUUAGUUUUUUGGCUUUUCAUGGGAUUUGUUGACAAUAAUGACAAUAGGCUAUAAAACCACAUCAGCCUUAUACUUGUAUGGUUCCAAGCAAAAUGUAACUGAAGUUAAGAAGGUCAUGUUUUACGCAUUUAAAGAGUUUUGUCAGGUAUAAGUCGGCAGGAAAAAAUGUUGGCAUUGUACGUUUCUGCAAAUAUGGACAUUUUUGCAUUCAGUCAGAGCAAGUGCGGGGUAAAAUAACGAGUAUAACAAGAAAGAAAGUCCACUGAGGUUCGGUGGUAGGGGUGGUGGAUGGGUCAAACAAACUAUCAGACUUUCACCCAGGAGGCCGCUAGUUUUGUUAUGUAACUUACAUACUUAACUAACGCCAAUUACGUACCAAACCACAAUCUUUUCCCAAACCUAACUGCUGUUGGUGUCCCGUGUGAAACCAAAAGUAAACGUUGACUUUACGCUUGUUAUGUAAGGAAGUUCGCUAAAGGCAGUUGUUAUUUAUUUCUGUUAGUUACGUUGUUAGGCUUGUUACAUAACAUUGUUAUGCUUUUUACGUAACUUUACGUAAGGAAGUCCGCCAAGUUGUCGUCUACGUUGUUGUGGUUGUUACGUUAGUGUUAUUAUUUUAACAUAACAAAGUAGUUUUGUUGCCCUAAACCAAACUAAUCAUUUUGCAACGUUAACCAUGUGUCAUUGUGUGUUUCUGCAAGCGUGAUACAAGGCUGAUAACUUUUUUUGGUUUAAAAAAAUCCACAUUCAACGUAUCCUGUGAUUUGCAGAAACGUAUAAUGCCUACAUUUUAUUCUGGUGACUGAGUUGAUUUAACAUAAAUUUCAUAUUUUUAAAUCAUGAUUCAUCAGUAUCAAUAUACAGUAUCAAUACCAUGACAUUAAUUUCAACCAUAUUGCCCAGCCCUACAGUACCUUGAUGACACAUUUGUAAGUCAUUAGUGGAUGAUUCAACGAACCAUUAAUGAAUGUUUUUGAAGGCUCUUCAGAAAGGUGCUUCAAGUGAGGAAUGAAGAUGAACCUCAUAAUACUGAUUUCAUACAGUUUCAUUAAUUUUAUUACAGCUGAUUACUGUUGCUUUUCUCAAUAUUAUGAGCCACUAAUUAUAAAUGUGGGGAAAGUAUGAUUAUUAUGAAGUGUUACGAAAUACUUUUCAGAAACAGGUUCUCCUUGAAAAUACGGUCCAAUUAAAACUAUUGUGUCUUCAGCAGUUUUUCAUGACUGAUAUUAAGCCUGCAGGUGUAGCCCUGGGAUUUCUCUCUGAGAAUGUCCCUUAAUUAUUUUCCUCCUUGAAAACCCCGACAGGAAAGUAUCAGAGGUCAUUGAUGCCUUGAAUAUUCAUCAUGUCAAACCAAACUUUUUUUCAGUUUCAAAUAUUCUUUCCAGAUUUAAUCAUCUUCCUCAUUGUGUUAGAGGCGAGCGUGUGAGUGGGCUGAGCCCUUUUACUGGCGCUGUACAGUAUGUCCCGUCAGCGCUGCUGACAGGAGAACAAUGUUUGUUUUCACCCAUCUUCUCCAAGAGCUGAGAUUAGAUUGCACAGUGAAGAAUGGGCCAGGUCUGCUCUUAGGUCUCUUUUUUUUUUCCACCACAGCACAAUUUUCCCCCAGUAAAUUGGUCUGUGUUUGCCUCACUCUCUACACCAGCAAAACAACAUCUCCCCUGAAGCUAUAGGAUCUCAAUUCGCUCUUCCCCCCAAUGUUGCGCUCUCACAGCUUCAAUGUUUCUGCUCCUACAUGGUUUGCCUCUCUGUGAUCUUUGCUCUCGCUUCACGCUGCUGCUUUGGGGAAACUUGCUCGGCUUUUUCCUUUGAAGAUCCUUUUCAAAUUCCCCACCUUGCUUUAUGUUGUUUAACAGCAAACAUUUGCAAGAAAUAACGCUGCACAUGUUAACUGAUCAUCGCCGCUACGCUCAAAGCAAUUCAGAGCCGUGCUUUGAAAACAACCUUCCAUGUUCAUGUAAUUACAACCUGUCGGUGAGCAAUGUUCAGUGACAGAUUAGUUUCUACAUUGAAAUGGCGUCGGGAAAUCACUCAACAAUGCAAUAAAGAGGUAAAUGUUUACAUAACACUGACGUUCUUUAGGAACACAAGGUGGAAGCAGAUCGUCAUUAAGCAUGCUGCGACUGUUUUGUAAAGCUUUGUUCCGCUGUAGCCACCUGUUCUCCCUCAAGGUCUUGUUCAGUGUCACAGAUCGAGGCCUUUCGCAGAUUGGCUUGUACCGCCACCCCGAAAUCCUUCCUCAGCAAAUCCCCCAUGUGCCAUCCGAAAUGAAAUUAGAAUGCCCACCACCACCGCCACAAUAUAGCUUAUUGUUUUCCCUCAGCAUUUCCCUUGGAAAGUCGCUAUUCAUUUUGGUGAAUGAUUCCGUGACCUGCAUGGAUCAGCUCCUUGGAGGGGAUCUAGUUUGAAUGGAUGAUGCUCGGAAACACAAUCUACAUUGUGCUGCGCGUCCAUUCUUCACGACGCACACCAUGGUGCCAAUUCAGCCUCGUAUUACCUGCUUAUGAGCUAUAAACACAUGAUGUCACCGCGGGGCAGUUAGCUGUUUUACAAGUGUAAUGGAUGGCUUCGAUACGCCUCGUGCCCAAGUAGAGCAAUCGUGUUGUGAGGCUGAUAUUUCCGGAGGAGAAAUUGCUGUCUGAUCUUUAUUUGAAAUAAGAUGCCAGCCAAAACUAGCUGCACGCUGCAGAUUUAUGGACAGAUUUACAUCUUGGGGAUAACAACAAAAGCUGCAUAAAUUCCUCAACUGGCUGUCAGCAAACUGCUGCGUGCAGCAUUCUUUGCUAUUGGCAGCAUGUUUUGGAAACCACAAUCCAUCCUGGGGCCUUGAGCGAACAGUGUGCACAGGAUCGGUUAUACUGCUCAUUUCACUUAAUACUAAAGGAUGUUCUCCCCUCUUGUUGAGUACUUACAGCUAAUAAAUGGACAUCUUCCCUGUCCAUUUGUCAAGAAUUACAUUCGAACUGCAUCGGCAGAUCUCUGUGAGAAAAAAAAGGGGGCGGAGGUUUGUGAAUCACUUGCAGGCAGGUAACUGUCUAAGUUUGUUUAAAUAUAUUGGCUGUGAGGGUCCAAAGCUCCGAGCAAGUGACGAAUGUGAAUAUGACGUGUGGAUCCUGAGUUAUUUGAAACGUGAGCUGUCUUCCAGUGGAGCAUGUACAAAGUGCAUGAACAAAAUAAUUUUUCAGUGGAUAAAACAACUCCUUUUAUACGCCAGGAUCUAUGAAUUAUUGUUCAGCUACUGCUAAUGAAAUUGUACCGGGUUUGUACGUAGAAGCCUACCGAUACUACCUUACAACAGGUUGUGCUGUAUAUUGUUAAGUGGAGCGAGUGUGCUAAGAUGUUGUUUCCUGUGUCUGUUUUACUUCCCAUCGUUCUCUAAAUGGUACUGUAUUGUAAGAUGACAUAUAUUUUUUUACACGUAUCAUUUCAAAUGUUGUAUUGUAUUGAAAUUAGAUUAAACGAAUGGAUGCUAACCUUGUGGUGCAUUGACUGCUAAGACGGAGAGAGCAGUGUGCGAGAGAGCUCUAGAGAGCACAGAAUAUUGAGUGUGUUGCGCUGUGUCGGGGCUUGAAUAUUGGUUUGAAUGCCUUGAGGAAAACAAAAUACUAUUUACAUGACCCUGAAUCACAAAUGUUGUCCCUCUGUCUUUGCCUGAACAUGUUUUGUUUCACUAUUGAAAAUGUUUAUGAAUAAAAGUAGAAAACA